UUCCAAAUGAGCUUAGUUGUAAUCAACAAUGUUCAGUCCUUGAUCAGAAGUCAUAAACAUCACCGAUAUUGAGCUUGAUGCAAUCCAAUCAUCACGCAACGGAGAUUUGAAAACCAAAUUCGAAGUGCUAACAAUCUCUUUUUGCCACAACACCUAAUGUCAAUGAACGACACCGGAAGAUCCAAUGUGACCUGUGCAAUUUAUCGUUUAGCUAAUUCUAUUAGCAUGCGCAUGCAAUGCUCUUCCGGUGCUUGAUCGUCAGACUCGGUCGGGUACCGAACCAGAGCACAUUACCCAUGCAUCGAACUCGAAAUAUAAAUUUAGAUUCUCAUGAUCUAAUUUUAUAUCUCUAGUAGACGAAAAAAAAAAACACGGGUACCAAAAAAGAAUGGGCUUGUUCCAGAUGGAAAUAUUUUCCGAAAAAAUGCAAAUUAUCCAAACUAAACAGGUUUGCGUCACGUCGCCAAAUUAGCACAUUAUACUUUCGCCCGUGUAGCUUUCAGAAUUUAAGCGUAUUUUUUUCAAAACCAGUUUUUUUCGCGAAAAAAGCUAAUCCUGCGUAAAACCGAUAUGUGACGCCGACGACGUCUGGUGAUUCUCGAUCUCUGCGACUUAUAUUGGAUGAUGUGUGAUUUUCGGGGGGUUGAUUCUCGAUCAGUGCUAUUCAGAGUGUGCCAGAAUGGAGAUCACCCAAGUGCUUUCGUGGAUCGUAGUGGGUUUACUAGUGAUAGCCUACGUUGCUCACAGAUGGAAAUUCCGAAGUUUAAGAACCAUUCCCGGUACGGAUCCCGACUAUCCGUUUCUGGGAAACAUACCCCUGUUUUUGAAGGGAGGCAGCGCUUAUAUGAAGUUGUUCCGCAACGAGCAUCGGAUGUCAAAAAUAUGGCUGGGUCCGGUGCCUCUUAUCAAUGCGCAGCAUCCCGAGCUGGUGCAGAAAGUUCUCAACGAAUGUCUCGAUAAACCGUUCGCGUACGAUUUUAUGGAGCUGGGACCGGGGCUUAUCUCGGAAAGAUACAGCUACAGGUGGCGCGAGCAUCGCAAAACGUUGAGUCCACUUUUCAACACGAAAAUUUUGCACAGCUUCAUACCCAUAUUCGAGCGGGCGACUAAGGAAGUGAUGAAGGGACUCGAUGUGGUUUGCGAUGGAAGAGAUUUCGACCUGUUGCAGUACACCAGCACCUGCAGUGCCAAGAUGGUUCACGGUACGAUGGUGGACACAUUGAGCGUACCGGAGGAAAUCAUUAAUACGUUAAUUACCAAUUUGGAAAUAAUACUGGAAGCACUGGGCAAACGAAUCUUAAAUGGCGUGUACGCCCUGAAAACGCUCUACAAAAUGAGCUCAGUCUACCGAGACGAAUGGCGCUCCCGAAAGAUAUGCUACGAAACGGUAAAUGAUGGCAUCAUGAAAAUGCGAAUGAAUAUCCUCAACGAGCAGAAUGCACCGGCUGCCGCAACCGAUCCGACGAACCCAUCAAAGUCGAAAGCUUUUCUCGAGCGAUUGCUCACCAUACAGCACAAAGGGCGCAGCUUCACCGACGAUGAAAUUAUCAAUCAUGCUUACACUAUGUUGGUCGCUGGUUACGAAACGACGGCGCUGCAGCUGACGAACGUGUGCUUGAUGCUGGCAAUGCAUCCUGACAUCCAGGAAAGAGUAGCUAACGAAAUCAAAACGGUUUUCCCAUCGCUGGACAUGGAAAUUUUACCGGAAGCACUUAAGGAUGUUCCAUAUCUGGAUAUGACAAUCAAUGAAACGAUGCGGCUCUACCCGGUUGUACCGAUAAUUGCGCGGCAGAGCAGCAGCGUGCUGGAGUUGGACGGGGUUAACAUUCCCUCGGGGACCAACUUCGUCGUGAACAUCGGAGCUCUGCACAGGCGGAAGGAUCUGUGGGGGGAGGAUCCGCUUGAAUUCAACCCUGACAAUUUUCUGCCCGAGAAAGUUGAACAUCGACAUCCGUACGCUUUCAUCCCACUCAGUGCUGGACCAAGAGUCUGCAUCGGCAACCGGUAUGCCAUGCUUUCACUCAAGGUAUUUCUAAUCCGGUUAUUGCAGCGGUAUCGAUUGAGCACCAAAUUGACUCGAAAGGAUUUGAAGUUCAAAUUUCAAGUGACGUUGAAGCUGAAGAUUCCCUACACGGUGCAAAUGGAAAGACGAAACCUCUAUGGUGCUGAUUCCGCAGCUAAUUGCACUGAAUAAUUAACAAACUUCAAACGGCUUCAACUUGCAUCGACCACAGCUAAUUGCGAAAUCGAAUUUAGCAAUGCACCUACGCAUUCAUAGGCAUUAUAGGAGUUAGGAAAUAAAAUCUUGCAACUUUUACUUUGAUUCAUUUGAAUGAUUUU